AUGCGGGAAUUUAAUGUAUUUGCUCAGUCUUAUCAAAUGAUGGGUGAAGAAUUAGAAAAGCAACGACGUUUAGAAAUGGAAUCUGAUGAAUUAUUACCGGAGUUACAAUUAGUAUUUACUUCAAGACCAGAUAUGGAUCGACGUCGAUAUAAUACUCAAAGAAUCAAUGAAGUUGCUGCUGUAUUCUCUACAACAGCUGAUGGAGAAAUUCCAGAAUCAUAUGUUACAAUACGUAAUAAAAAUACUAAAACUUUACAAAAAGUUAGUAUUAUGGAUCCAAAUGUAGAACCAUGGAUAUAUCCAUUAUUUUAUCCAUAUGGUACUCAAGGAUGGCAUCGUGAUUUAAAAAAAUUAAAUAGUGAUAGACGAAUAACUAGAGGACAUGAAACAUAUCAAGGUUUAAGAGAUUAUUUACAAACUACGGCUAAUAAUUUAAAUGGACGUAUUGGGAAAAUGAUUGUACUUCCUUCCACAUUUACUGGAUCGCCACGCAAUAUGUUACAAAAUUAUCAAGAUGCAAUGGCAAUAGUUAGUAAAUUUGGUAAACCAGAUCUUUUCAUUACUAUGACUUGUAAUCCAAAAUGGCGUGAAAUUGAAGAAAAUCUUUUACCUGGUCAACAAGCUUCGGAUAGAUCUGAUAUUUGUGCUCUUAUGAAACAUAUGAUUCAUGGACCUUGUGGUGAUUGGUGUUUGAUAGAUGGACGUUGUUCAAAACAUUAUCCGAAACCUUUUCUCGAAGAAACUAAAAUGGAUGAAGAUGCUUAUCCUUAUUAUCGCCGACGAAAUAAUGGAACAAAUUUUGAACGUCCUGGUGGAUAUGUAGUUGAUAAUCGACAUGAUGUUGCUGCUAUAACUAUUGAACCAGUAACAGAAUGUGUUGUUAUUGAUCAUGAUGAAAUACAUAAUUACAUCGAAGCUCGUUAUGUUGGACCUGUUGAAGCUAGCUGGCGUAUUCUUAGUAAAAAACUACAAGAUAAAAGUCACGCUAUAACACGUUUACCAGUCCAUCUUCCUAAUGAGCAAAAUAUUAUAAUUGAAAAUGAAAACAUUGACGAUGCAAUGACUUCUGCUUUAGAUCAAGUUACUAUGUUAAUAGAUUAUUUUUCAUUAAACUUACGCGAUGAAGAAGCAAAACAGUAUUUGUAUAUAGAAAUUCCAAUCGCAUGUUUAGCUUUAGGUUUGAUCGAAGAUGAUGAUGAAUGGAAAAAAGCUAUGAAUGAAGCUGUUGGAUGGAUGAUGCCACGACAACUUCGUAGACUAUUUGUACGUAUAUUAUUACAUUGUCAACCAUUACAUCCUGAAGAAUUGUGGGAAAACUUUAAAGUAGCAAUGUCUGAGGAUUAUAUUCAACAUUUUGGUAUAUUACAAGGACAAAAUAAAGCAUAUGUACAAAUUAAUAGUAUGCUUCGUGCUGAAGGUAAAAGUUUUGUAGAUUUUCCACAAAUGAAACAAUUAACAGAAAAUGAUGAAGAAGAGAAUUGCAUGAUAUUUGAAGAAGCUAUGGAAAUAGGUGGAUCAGCUACAUUAUUACCUUUUGGAAAAACAGUUCAUAAGAUAUUUGGAUUACCAGUUCCAUUAUUUGCUGAUUCAUCAUCAAGUAUUAAAAUCCAAUCAAAAGAAGCUCAAUAUUUAAAAGAAAUUGAUAUUUUCAUUUGGGAUGAAGCACCAAUGGCACCACGAUAUGCUUUAGAAAUAAUGGAUCGAACAUUGCGUGAUAUUAUGAAUAAUGAUAUUCCUUUCGGUGGAAAAAUUGUUUUAUUAGGUGGUGAUUUUAGACAACUUUUGCCUAUUAAAGUACAUGCUACUCGAACGUCUAAUGCUGAUAUUGUGGAAGAUAUAUAUGGUGAUUUAAUAAGAAAAAAAGAGUUUGUUAAAAUGUCUAAAUGUGCCAUACUUUCUGGAAGAAAUGUUGAUGUAGAUGAAAUUAAUAAGAAAGUUGUGGAAUUAUUAGAUAUAAAUGAUGAACGAAUUUAUACAAGUGUAGACACUGCUGUAAAUAAUGACAAUGGUGACAUGAGUGAAACAUUGUUACCAGAAUAUUUAAAUAGUUUAUCUCCAUCAUCUCUUCCUUCUCAUGAAUUACGUUUAAGACCAAAUAGUAUUAUUAUGUUAAUUAGAAAUUUAAGUAUCAAUGGAGAAGACAAUUUCCAAUAA